UCUUGUCUCAGUAGGAUCGUAUUGCUGCUAUGACCUACGGGGCCUUCAUGUUGUUUGUAUCCGCACACGGCGUACAUGAGCGCUUCACUGCACUCCCAUGCGCCGUGUUUGGGAACAGUGGGAAAUGUUAGAGGCUGAAGUCCUCCGACGUUUGGGCCAAAAAUAGAAAUCAAGGGAAAAAAGCCUCACUCCCAGCAUUUGCAGGCCCCUGGAGAAGAGUGCUGUAGCAGACCCCUCAGAGAGUCCUGCGGCGGGGUGGAGAGACGCUGACCAAUUGGGGCUCAGACCUUCAGUUAGCGUGUUCGUGUGUGCGUGUCGCUGCAACUAACUCAGCUCCCUCGUGGAUGAGUUCAGCGAGGGCCCCAGUGUGUGCGUACGUGCGUGCAUGUGGAACCCACAAGAUGGACCAGCCCUUCCCUCUGUCACUUCCCUGAAUACUCUGUUGAAGGAUUUGUUUGGAGUGGAUGUUUUCUUCCAGCACCGAUUUCCUCCUUGAUUCGAUUGGAACAGAAAAGUGUCUCUCUCGGUUGGGUUUGGCCGUGUCGGGCCUUCUUUUGGGCUUGUUCCUGGCUUGUGGCGUUCGAGGUCACCCGCGCACUCCGGCUCUUUAUCAAACCUCCUGGUGGGAAUGAAGAGCCUGCCGUAUUUCUGUCGGGGAGAGGUCAACCGAGGCUUCGGGAGAGGCAGCAAAGAAUUGGGGAUUCCGACAGCCAACUUCCCCGACUGCGUGGUGGAGCAACUCCCGGCCGACAUCAGCACGGGCAUCUACUAUGGCUGGGCCUGCGUGGGCAACGGCGACGUACACAAGAUGGUGAUGAGCAUCGGCUGGAACCCGUACUACAAGAACACCAAGAAGUCAAUGGAGACUCAUGUGAUCCACAAGUUCAAAGAGGACUUCUACGGCGACACCCUCAGCGUGGUCAUGGUGGGAUAUAUCCGUCCGGAGAGAAGCUACGAAUCGCUCGAGGCGCUGAUCGCUGCCAUCAACGGCGACAUCGCCGAAGCCAAGGUCCAGCUGGAGCGGCCCGAGCACAUCAAGCUGCGGGACGACAACUUUUUCACUAGCCAUUCCUCUUCCUCCUCCUCUUCUUCUUCGGGGGCCUCCUCCUCUUCCUCACAGACGAUCAUCAACGGACACUGACGCCAAGCGCAGGAGACGGCCUCACUGCGGCCAUGGUGACCCCUGGGUGAAACGUCAUCCUUUAUUUUGUUUUGUAUUGUUUCGGUCGAACCGUCUUCAUACUCUCUCACACACACACACACACACACACUUCCAAGUACACACGCUAACACACAUUCAGUAAGCCAGUUUGUGGGGGGCGUUUGUGUGUGUCACAUGACACCAUGCAAAGUAAUGACACCAAAAGAUUGAAACGCCACAAGCAGGCCGCCAUUGCGUUUUUACUUCAUUCAUUUGUUUUUCAAAAUAAUACCUAGUCUAGUCUUAUGGUAAGCGUUCAAAGGGUACUUUUUUUACUCGUCAUCUGUUUUGUUUGGGCCUUAUUGUCGAACAUUUAAAUUAUGACAACAAUCGUCUUGUCAAAUUACUACUUUUCAUGUCACAUUUUGUUAUUUAUUAGUAUGAAAUACAAAUUUUACAACUUUAUUCUUGUAAAACUGCAAAUUUAGUUUCACUCUAUUCCUUAUUUAUUGUCAUAAAACACAUUUAGGCAUAAAAUGACCAAUGUGUUCUGAAAAUAUGACAUUGGAUUCUUGUAAUGCAAUUUUUUUUCUUCAAACUACGACUUUAACAAAAAUGACCUUUUUUCGCACACAGUUACUUAAUGACAACUUUUUUCAUGAAACUGGAGCUUUUGUAAAAUUACAUUUUCCUCAUAAUACAACUCUUGAUAUAAAAAUUACAUAUUUCUUUUGGAGUGUAUGAAUAUAUUGAAUUAUGUUUUUGCUUGCAAAGCUAAAUAGCUUCCAUGCCCCCCCCCCAAAAAAUGUUACUUUGUAACGUUAAAUACAAAACAAAAAAAAAUCACAUCUAUUAAUGACUUUUGUUCUUUUUCGCAUAAAAAUUUUAAUGGUUUCUCUCACUCUCUCACAUUUUUUUUCCCCUCAUGUACAAAAUUACAGUGGUUCCACGCAUACUCACGAUUCGGCACAUGUUCCAGCUACAGGCUAAUUUAUUUUUUUUGGGGGUGGAAACUGACUCCAAAAAUUCCUGUUGGUGUAUCAUCUCUGAUUUACUUGGGUUAAUGUUUUAUUUCUUUUCCUACUGCAAUUAUAAUCGGCGUCAAUUAUAUGUGGAUUUUUGCUAUUAAUGGUCUAACUUUUCACGGUUUGAUUUUCACUCUCCCCACAUAUUUUUUGUGUAACAUUAAAACUGUUUGCUUAAUAA